AUGGAAUCUAAAGAGAAAACAGAGGCGGAGGUAUCCCAACGUGAAAUAUACCGAGGACGUCUGGAAAAUUUACCUGAUAAUACUUCUAAUAUUGUCAGGAUUUUCCUCAGCUCAACAUUUACAGAUACAGUAGCGGAGAGAAAUAUCCUACUGGAAAAGGCAUAUCCUGAACUGAGACAGUUUUGUGCAGAACAUGGACUCGACUUCCAGGUGGUUGACAUGCGAUGGGGCGUUCGAGAUGCGAUGACGUCAGAUCAUCACACAACAGAACUGUGCCUCAAUGAGAUAUACAACUGCCAGAGACUUUCGAUGGGACCAAACUUCUGCUUACUACUUGGUGGACGAUAUGGCACUCGACCUCUCCCAGCAAAAAUUGAAGGCCUUCUUCUGAAAACCAUCGAAAAGUUUGCUAAAGAAGAUGACAUCAAAGUGUCUCUAAUUGACGAAUGGUAUCACCUUGACAGUAAUGCUGUCCCCCCUGAAUAUAUACUUCAGCCAAUCACAGACAAAUUCCCAUAUUUUAUUGAUGACAAUCCAAAAAAUCGAGAGCUGCAAAAGAAAGCUAAAAGUGAUUGGUGGGAGGUUAAUUGUGAAAUCAGCGCCAUCUUUCGUGCAGCGUCUGCAAAAGCUCUAAAGCAAAAAUGCAUGACCUUUAAAGACUGGCAACUUUUUAAUAUAUCGGUGACGGAGGAUGAAAUCAAACGGGGAUUACUUGAUACAACUGGACCAACGAUGGAUAAAUGUAUCAUCAUAAACAGAGACAUUGAUGAUGUCGACUUCAACGAUGCAAAGGCAUACAGAUAUGUUGAUAUGAAUGAUACAAAAGAUGCAAUGAAUGAAGAAAAUGCUGCGCUUCUGGAAAACCUCAAAGAGAUGGUUAUUCCAACAAAAAUUCCCGAAAAUGAGAUAAAGAAAUACCAGUUACAAUGGGAAACAAAUGGCAUAAACCCAUCCAUUGAAGCCCACGAAAAGUACCUCGAGGACAUUAAUCAAUUUUUCGUAUCAAAGGUAAAAGCAAUGACGCUGACAGGCCUUAAGGAGAGGAGCAACGCUGCAUCCAACUGGUUAUUUGAUGAAACCUUACAACAUCUCAAUAUGUGCGCUGCAAGGAGUAAAUCAUACAACUGUAGAAAGGAAAGCCAGAGACACGUGGAUGAAUACAUAAAUGAUGACACUAAUAAUGCUCCUUUUGUGAUACAUGGAGUGUCUGGCAUAGGAAAAACGUCAUUUAUGUCCAAAAUCACUAGUAAUGCGAUAGAACAACAGUGUGAAGAUUCCGCUGUCAUUGUGCGCUUUUUAGGUACGUCGCCAAAAAGUUCCCUCAUCACUGAUACACUGCAGUCAGUUUGUUUGCAUAUUUGUGAAGCAUUUGGAUACGACGCACCUAAACAACCCCUCAAUGAUAUCAAUGCAGUUAUGUCACUCUUCCAGGAACUCAUUAAAAUAGUCUCUAAAGAUGGUCACAAAUUGAUUGUAUGUCUAGAUUCGUUAGAUCAACUAUCUCCGAUAGAUGGGGCAUAUGACUUAAGUUGGCUGCCGUUUGAGUUACCUCAAGGUAUCAAAAUAAUCAUCAGUUUGUUAACUGAAUAUGCAGGAAUACUAAAACGCUGUGAACGAUGCAUUGAAAACACUGACAAUAUCCUCCAACUAGGUCCACUCAACGAUGAUGAAAGCAAAGAGAUCAUGAAUACCUCCCUUGCAAAUGUCAAACGAACCAUAACUAAAGACCAAAUGUCAAUUUUAGAGAGUGCGUUCAUGCAUUGCAAUAGCCCUCUUUUUCUGAAGCUAGCCUUUGAAGAAGCAAAGACAUGGCGUUCUUACUCCAACCUUGAUGAAACAACACUAGGGAACACAAUACAAGGAGGGAUAACACUACUGUUUGAACGAUUAGAAGAGAAACAUGGUCAGUUGUUCUGCAAUGCAAUGGCAUACAUUACUGCAUCCAAGAAUGGUGUCACAGAUCUCGAAAUGGAGAACUUGCUCUCCAGUAGUAAUGAAGUGCUAGAUGAUGUCUACCAGUAUUUCUCCCCACCUGUUAAGCACUUGGUCAGAGUUCCACCAUUACUGUGGGCCAGACUCAGACAGGAUAUCCAUGAGUAUCUAUCUGAAAGACAGGCUGAUGGAAAAACUGUGUUAGCACUGUACCAUAGACAGUUUAUCGAGGUUGCAAAAAAGCUUUAUCUCAGUAAUAGUGUGAAGACGAGUGUCCAUUCAGAGCUAGCAGACAUGUUCCUCGGAGUUUGGAGCAAUGGUAAGAAGAAGGAACUCUAUCUUACGAAAAGAAAGGAAACCCUCCUCGCUGAUAGGAAAGUUGAACCCCAACCAUUGUGCUAUGAGGGUGGCUAUUACAAUAUGAGAAAACUCAAUGAGCUGCCAUUCCAUUUGCUGAGAUCUGGUCGUCACGAGGAGCUGAUCGAUGUCUGUUUUGGUAACUUCAAGUGGAUAAAUACCAAAAUAAAGGCAACAAACAUUUUGGCUGUUAUCCGGGACAUUGAAAUGGCUAUAGCAGAGACAUCAGAAGUAGAGUUGGUCAUUCUGAGAGACGCACUCAGGCUCAUCAAACCCACAGUGGAAUUCACCCCUGGAGUCCCCCUUGCUCCCGAGAUCAUCGGGCGUCUUCUUAUUAAGGCGGACAAACAUCUUCACUUAAUUGGAAAGCUGGUAUCUCAGGCUAUACAAUAUUGUGAGGAAGCAGAAGAGGACAUCCUCAUCCCAACAGUUCCAUGUUUUAUAUCACCUGGUGGCGUUCUACGGACAACAUUGGUGGGCCACAAACAAGGUGUCAAUGAUGCAUCCAUGAAUGAAGAUUGUUCGCUCAUGGUGACUGCAAGUUCUGACCAUACAGCAAAGCUCUGGGACCUUAAAGAUGAUAUCGUCAUCCACAGCUUAUUCCACUUAGAUCCUGUCGAGAGUUGUCUCCUGCUGAGCAAGAAGAACAUCAUAGUGACAUUUAGUAAUCUUCAAAUUUUUGUCUGGGAUACUUCCACACGGAAACUCAGACAUACAUUAGAGCUUGGUAGAACAUAUAAUGGAGGACAGAUGGCGUCCACAACGAAGACGCUGCAUAAAACGUUAACGACAAAGCCUAAAAUGUGUGCCCUGUUAAAUGGAAAUGUUGUCUGCGCUGUAAGGGGAGCGGUAUUUGUGGUAGAUAUAGCAGAAGGGAAGGUUGUCAUUGAGGUAAAAGGUGGCGAUCGACUUGUUUCCUGCCUCUCUAUAUGCCAAGGCACUCUUAUAAUAGUAGGUUAUCACGAUGGAUGCGUGAGCUCCAUAAGCACUGCUGAUGAUGGAGAAGAUGAAUUGUAUCUACAGCACAAAGAUGAAGUGACAGGUCUGGCCACGACUGCAAAUUCGGGUACUAUAGCAAGUGUCUCACUUGAUGGAUCCAUUGUCGUAUAUGACACCACAAUGAGAAAGGUCAUUCAGCAUAUAAACCCAAAUGAGUCUGAGCCUCUGUAUUCCGUGGCUUUACCACCGGAUGAGGAAUUUGUUGCCGUGGGUUCAAUCAACGCUAUCAGAGUAUGGACAACAAAAGAUGGUCGGAUACUUCACAAGUUUCUAGGGCAUUCAGGAGUAGUCAAUUCUUUAUGUUUCACUGGCUAUAGUGGUGAAUCUCGAGCAAAUGGUCCAACUUUGGUAUCGGCCGCAAGUGACUGUUCUGUCAAAGUUUGGGAUCUAGGAAACAAUGAGCUUAAAUCUACAUAUACUGGGAUGGCUGGAAAUGUUACCAAGCUUAUAAUAAAUGAUGACUAUGACACAGCUGUGUCUAUCUCUGAUGAAUCGCCUUUUGUGAAAAUAUGGCACUUGAACCCGAAUUUAAACGAUGUUGUACCCGAGUUCCAAAAUGACACUGAAAUUACACCUGUCAUUUUCCCAGAUGGUAAACACGUGGUUGCCUUAGACGCGGAUUAUGUAUCGAUCAUGAUGUUUGAUAUGGUUUCUGGGAAAAAGGUUUUCUCUACUCUAGCUCACGAUGCUCCAAUCACAAGCAUGGUGUGUACUUCCUGUGGAAAUCACGUGAUUACCGGUGGGAUCGAUCAUACUGCACGUGUUUGGCAAAAGGAACGACUUCUCAAAAUGUCAUUACGAUAUGAAUUCGAAUCUGAAGUGAGACUCGUAGCCACACACCCAAAUAAGAAUUUGUUUGUUGUGGCCCUUAGUGAUAAUCGAAUCAAACGGUGUCACGUUGAGAGACAUGAGUGCGAUGAUGUUGAAGUCGAUCUCACAGAUGCUGAUAUUACGACACUGGCAAUGAGCGAUGAGCUCAUUAUAUAUGGCACUGAUAAUGGCAAAAUAUACGCUUGGAGCUUUGACAGUACCGCUCAUCCGGUGCACGUGUUUCAAAAGCAUAGCACUCCAGUGAACUACAUCACCGUGCAAAAUAACCUAAUGGCAUCGGUAGCUAAGACUGACAAACAUAUACAAAUCUGGGACGUUACUAUGGGACGAAAUGUGCAUCAAUUAGAAAUCCGGAAUAAGUUUAACAGUCAACUUCCACGUACAGUAACAGCGAUUUCAUUCCUACAUGAUGGUAAAAUACUAGGAGUUGGUUGCUAUGAGAGAUCUGUGGAGUUGUACGAUGUAGUUCAUGAGAGAAGACUCCUCCCCGAUGGACAAUAUGUCUACUUCCCAGUUACACACAUUUGUUCAAGUAAAAAUCAAAAUAUCUUGGUGGCGACACAAAAUGGCUUCCUUAGUUCAUACAAACCGCACAUACAUGUAACCACAAACAUUACCAUGGAGGACAUGAAGGGACAAUCUCUGACAAAAAGCAAUCGUAUUUUACUCCCAAGUAAGGAAAACGUUACGACAUAUAAUGUUAACGAUAUAAGAAAGAUCGGGCAUACUGAGAAUGUACGUGACAAUAAAAGACAUGAGGCUCGAAAGGAACACGCCAGAGUUGUUCCGAAUAAGGAACUGUACAGAAGAGCGGUGUUUAUACAGGGUAGACACAGAAAUGCUUCUCAAACAUGCACAGUAAUGUAA